GCCGGAGCCAUGUUUUCCUUCAAGCCCCCUAAGGCCACCUUCAGGUCUUACCUUCCGCCUCAGCCUGAAGAGAAGAUAACACCAGAGCCAAGGCUGAAGAAACUGGAGCCAGUCCUUUUGCCAGGUAGAUAUCAGUAACAACCACUGGAGGAAGAUUGUGCUGGAGUUGAAUAGGGAGCCCCAAAUCCCUCUACUUUUUGUCCUCUCUAUGCGGAAUGAGUUUUGUUCUGGGCUCGUAUAUUCUGUUCAGUACUGAGGAAAUUCUGAAAUAGUAGACUCUCUAAAUCAAACAGAACGGACACUUUCUUCCCAUAGAGGACCACUCUUCUGCUCAGUAACCUUCUAGAAAGCUCUGGAUACUUACCUAAGUGAAAUUGUGGUGAAUGAAGUGAAUUUUGUGAGGAAAUGCAUUGCAACAGAUACGAACCAAGAUGACCUGUGGGGGAAACUUAUCUGCAGUAAUUUCAAGAUAUCCUUUGUUACCGAUGAUCCCAUGCCACUUCAGAAAUUCCAUUACAAGAACCUUCUCCUAGGAGAACAUGAUGUUGCACUAACAUGCAUUGAGCAGAUAGUCACAGUGAAUGACACAAAGAGGAAACAGAAAGUCCUGGGCCCCAACCAAAAGCUUAAAUUUAAUCCAACAGAAUUAAUCAUUUAUUGCAAAGACUUCCGUAUUGUCCGUUUUCGUUUUGAUGAAGCGGGACCCGAAAGUGCAAAAAAGGUGUGCCUUGCGAUAGCCCAUUAUUCUCAGCCAGCAGAUCUCCAGCUUCUCUUUGCGUUUGAAUAUGUGGGCAAAAAAUACCACAAUCCAGCAAAAAAAGUGAAUGGAAUUGACCCUGGAGGAGGUGGUGGCGGCAGCAGUGGUAGCAGCAGUCAGCAGACUCCCUUGUUUGAAACCUAUUCGGACUGGGAUAGAGAGAUGAAGAGAACAGGCGCAUCAGAAUGGCGUGUGUGCUCAGUCAAUGAAGGCUACAUGAUAUCCACCUGUCUUCCAGAAUACUUUGUGGUGCCAUCAUCUUUGGCGGAUCAAGAUCUCAAGCUCUUCUCCCCUCACUUCACUGGAAGACGGAUGCCAAUGUGGUGCUGGAAUCAUUCCAACGGAAGUGCUCUUGUGAGAAUGGCCAGCAUUAAAGAGCCAUUACAGCAGCGGAAAAUCGAUCAACGGAUUUGUAAUGCAAUCACUCGGAGUCAUCCACAGAGAAGCGAUGUUUACAAAUCAGACUUGGACAAGAGUCUGCCCAACAUCCAAGACAUCCAGGCAGCCUUUCUCAAACUCAAGCAAUUAUGUGUGAAUGAACCCUUUGAAGAAACGGAGGAGAAAUGGUUGUCUUCCCUGGAAAAUUCACACUGGCUGGAGUACGUGAGACUUCUCCUGAAACACUCCGCAGAACUUGUAUACAUGUUGGACAGUAAACAUGUUUCAGUAGUUUUACAAGAGGAGGAGGGACGAGACCUGAGCUGCUGUGUGGCUUCACUCGUUCAGGUGAUGUUAGAUCCCUUUUUCCGGACCAUCACUGGAUUUCAGAGCCUGAUACAGAAAGAAUGGGUCAUGGCAGGAUACCCAUUUCUAGACAGGUGCAACCACCUGAAGAAAUCUGACAAAGAGUCUCCUUUGUUCUUGUUGUUCCUGGACUGUGCCUGGCAGCUGCUACAGCAAUACCCCUCAGCCUUCGAGUUUUCAGAAGCGUACUUGACGAUACUGUAUGACAGCACACGGAUCUCGCUCUUUGGAACCUUCCUCUUCAACUCGCCACAUCAGAGAGUAAAGCAAAGCACGGAAUUUGCCAUAAGCAGAAACAUCCAACUGGGUGAUGAGAAAGGCCUGAAGUUUCCUUCUGUUUGGGACUGGUCUCUUCAGCACACAGCCAGGGAUCGCAUGCUCUUUCACAGCCCCUUGUACAUUGGGAAGAGCGCGCCGUGCGUGCACAGAGGAGGGAUGGUGAAAUCCUUUAAGCGGUCAAAGAAGAACUACAGCUCGACGCUCAGAGGCCUGCCCCCGUCUUUAAAGAAUGGGAUCAUCAGUGAGCCAGACUUUCUUCCAAGAAGAAAUUCGCUCAUCCUGAAACUGAAACCCGACUUCCUUCAGCACACAGACCACCAUGCCAACGGUAUGGAGCAGUAUUUCCGAGAGUGGUUUUCCAAGCCGGUCGACCUGCACGGUGUCCUCCUUCCCCGCCUUUCUGGAACCCAAAUCAAACUCUGGAAACUCUGCUACUUCCGCUGGGUUCCUGAGGCCCAGAUCAACCGUGGCGGCUUCAUCACAGCCUUCCAUAAAAUUUCUCUGUUGGCAGAUGAAGUAGAAUGGUUGCAUCGGAGCCUGCGGCAGCAGCACCACCACGGCAGCCCCCCUUCGCUCGUGAAUGCGUCCGAACUGGAGCAAAGCCGGAUGUACUUCCGAGCAAGCGGGCUCAAGGACACGUCAGCCACUCCAGAGUUCCUCUCUUCCUCCUUCCCAUUUUCUCCCGUAGGAAACCUCUGCCGGCGGAGCAUUCUGGGAACACCCCUCAGCAAAUUCUUAAGUGGUGCCAAGAUCUGGCUGUCUACUGAGACACUUGCCAAUGAAGACUGACGCCUCUAGACAAAGGAGAAAGGGACCAGUGAGUCAUCUCUGCGCAGGACUGCUAACCGCAACACCAGAAGCUGUAAUAAUUUUAUAUACAAAGGUUACCCUUUCCUUUCUUUUUUUGCACAGAAUAUUUAAAAGCAAGCAUGUCAUGCAUCAGCAUCGCACAACUAGUUCUCUGCCACUGUCAGGUCAAACACCUUGUCUUGUUCUUUCAACUAUUCUUUGUGCUUUCAGCAUCUCGCUUUCUGCAUACCGGCACCUAACAUUCUGAGGUUGGAUUUCCCCACUCCCUGUCAAAGGUUUGGUGUGGUGACUCACUAUGUUCUGGCGGUGUUGAGGCUCCACUUCCCAGUUGCUGACUGAAGCAGAUCUCUUGUCAGUUUGGAUUAAGUCGCAGAUGAAGACGGACAUCAAAGGAAAACAUUAGAAUUGCUGUCAGAUCUGACUGCGAUUAUUUGUGUGAAUACAAGAGCCAUACAUCUUGUCAAAUUAUGGCACGGUCCACUGAAAGGUCAGUGCUUUAACAAAUAGUGAAGGGAAAAAUCCAGACUAAACCAGAUCAGCUUCAUUUCAGAUUUGAAAUCAAUGGUACAGUCUCUCCUCUUGAUAUGAGAUCUAAGAACAUUCACUGGAUCGUGUCCAUGCUCAUGAAUGAAGCUGGUCUGGUUUUUUCCCCUUCCCUAUUUGUUCGCUCUUCAUUUCAAGGCUUCAUUUCACUUAGUUCACACCAUCUGCCUGCAGUGUGCCCUGCUGCUGGGUUUGGUGCAGAAAUAAGCCAUCCCUUAACUGGACUAAGAUCACCAGCAUGUGCUCUCUACCACCUUAAGGCAGGGGUUCUCAAACUUGGGUCCCCAGAUGUUGCUAUACGACAACUCCCAUCAUCCGCAGGCAUUGUGGCUGGGGAUGAUGGGAUUGUAGUCCAGCAACACCUGGGACCCAAGUUUGAGAUGCUCUGCAUCGGCACCAGUGUUAACCGUGGCUUUCCCUUAACCCAGGACCUGACAUCUUUCUUUUGCGUCUUCGAACCUUGGCGGGAAGGAAUUCCAGAGUAGGAAUUCAGCUCCUUAAAGGGGAAAUUGUUAACUGCAGUUAAGAGAUCUGAGGCCGUUAUCUCUACACCAACCCCAAAAUAGUGACAGUCACCCCUCAUCAUGACUGUUAGUAUAGUCUUAGAAGUGCCUUCACUUGCCCAAAGCAAGACUUCUCUCUCUACAGCAUGGAAUUCAACUUCUCUCAUGUGGUAAGCUGACAUUAGUAGUCUCAUGGCAACUUCUGGGAGCUACCAGAAACUGCUAUUUUGUGAUUAGCUUUUUUUUUUUUUUAAAGGUCUUAAAAUGCAGAACAUAUUAACUGUGAAGGAGCACUGAAUAUUUAUUAGGUGGUGGAAAAAUUCCUUAGUAGGCCAAAAUCAGGUUUGUGCUAAAAACUUUCAAGGAAAAGUUUAUUGCAUAUAUUUCACAAAAUGGUUUGGGGUGUUAUUUCAUGGCCCAACUAGUUUGUUUGGACUGCAAAAUAAUGGAAAUAAUGGUGGAGGAGAAUUUGCAGGGAAGAUGGCCACUGCAGGGCCCUGCUGUUGGACUGGUACUGUAGAGGAAGCCUGUCAUAUGUGGGUUUCUUGAUGGCUCCUGUCGCACGUGUGGCUGGGGCAGAUGCAGGACAGAAAUCCAGCCCGUGAGCUUGGGCCCGGAGGACAGUUCAGCAGCAGAGGGCUGGCUGGCAUUGUCCGCCUGCCGAAGGUGGCAGUCUAGAGUCAGUCUUGUGACAUGAUGUGUCCCGGAAGUGAUUUGCUGUUGCGCAAAAUCAGCCCCGCCAGUGGAGAAUGGCUUUCCCCGCCCCAGACCUUGGGUUGGCUGCCCAUUCUGCCUUGUGCCCAGAGCAGCCGUGUCAAAGAGAGAAUCCCGCUGGCAGGCUGUCCUUGCUGGAUGUGGGGUGGGGUGUGGCUACAACCAGCCAAGGUUCCGACAUAGGCUGGCAGACUGUGUGUGCAUCACAGCUGCUGGGUUGGGUUUGGGGAGACAGGCACACACACCUGCUUGCACGCACAGCAUCUUGGACUGGAGAGACGAUGUCGUUACAAGGGUUGUUGGAAAGCGCUUCUUCCCCACUCUCUCCACUGACCCACAAAGCAGACCUCAGUUCCACUGGAAAAUGUUGUGAAUCAUGGGCAUUAACCCAGGCGUUCUCAACCUCGGGUGCACAGAUGGGGGACUACAACUCCCAUCAUCCCCAGCCACAGUAGCUGAUUGUGGCUAAUGUGUGUUGGAGUCGAACAUCAUCUGGGGGCCCACAUUGGAGAACACCACCCCCCCGCAUUAACCACAUCUGGAGGUGUUUCUCAUGUCAAAAAGAGUGUUUUCUUUAGUACUAACACUUUUAUUCCCCAGUGUUAAAUUUCACUUUUCUGUGUGUGUCCUGACUCUCUCUUGUACUAGGUCUUAGAUUUUUUUUAUCAAGGUGACACUACGGAUUCUUUACUUAUGCCUAACAGUCUUAACUACAUUUCAGAUGUACCAAAUUUUUCUAAAUAACUGUGGGGUGGAUAUAUUUUGCAAAAAUUAAUAGAUGUUUAACUUUUGAGAUAUGUACUAUAUACCUGCACCAAGGCCCCCUUAAUGAGUGUGUGUUGAAUUGUGCGUUUUUGUACUGUGUAACCUAAUCCCUUUCUGUAUUGCUGAAUUUUGCCUUGAACAUAGCUGCCUAUAAAUUCUACUUACCAAAUGAAACGGAGGCUGUAGAGCAGGAGUUCCCAAACAUGGAUCCCCAGAUGUUGUUGUUGGCCACAACUCCCAUCAUCGUCAUGAUGGGACAUGUAAUAAUCCAGCAACAUCUGAGGAACCUACAUGUGAGAACCCUGCUGCUGUAGAGCAGGGAUUCUCAACCUUGGGUCCCCAGAUGUUGUUAGGCUUCAACUCCCAUCAUCCCCAACCAAAGGCCAUUGGGGCUGGGGAUGAUGGGAGCUGAAGCCCAAGAACAUCUGGGGACCCAAGAUUGAGAAUCCCUGCUGUAGAGGGUGAAGCCAGGGUAUGAGAAUUGCAAGCAGACAGAGGAUGGCUGGGAAUACCCUUCCUAAUUCCAGGAACCAGACAGACUUAAAAGCAAAAAAGCCGCCUUGGCCUGCUGUUACGUAAGCAUGUUCCAUCAGGAGAGUGGAGAACGUGUGGGAGGGAGCAGUGUUCUGCUGUGCACUGUGCUUUCUUGGCUGAAGGUCUCCCUCUAGGCUGUCCUGUGAUCACACAGUCGGGGCAGAGUUGCAGUGCCAACACACACCUCUUUCCUAUCACAUGAUGGUACAGAGCAGGCUGUGUGUAACUUACUGGCGAAUGUUGGCAGGAAAGGUUUACUCGCGCUGCUUGAUGCCGUGAACACAGUGCAGUGUGGAAAUCACAACAGCCAACUUCGCAUGAUCUGGCUUGGGCGGAUGAGCCUGCCCCCUCCCCCACCCUCCUCCGGGCUCUGAUUGGGGAAGAAGUGUUUUUAAUGCUUUGCAAAACCCCAAGAGAUGAAUGCAGCUUCUCCCCUGAAUGCUUGGGCAUUUAAAACGUCCUUCAGUCAGGAAAUGCAGACAGCUGCCCAAAGAGCUCUCAACUGCCUUACUGUCAGCCUUCAACAAAGGUCUGGAUGCUCCAGAACACCCAGACCCUGCCCCAAGCAGGACUGCUGGCUUGUGCCCAAGAACUGACCUGCUCUUUUAAAACCAGGUACUUUUACCUUUUUGUAAGUGUAGAAAACGAUAGAUGCUUAUUUUUGUAUCUCUUUCCCUUAGCAGCAGCCACUGCUUAGAUUGUCUAGGGGGCUGCAGUUCACUGACUUUUUAAAAAAGGACUUCUGGCUAGUGGAUGUGGUCCAGGUAGAAAUCAAUGCCUUUUAGCUACUGCAGAGUAGGAGUUGACUGUUACGUCAUCUUAUCAUGGAAGUGCAAUUAUAUUUAACCCCUCAUGAGCCAAAGGAACUCCACGGAAAAGUGCAUGUUUCACAAUGGCAGAGGGCAUCCCAGUUCAAUACUGGACUUUUAGAGUUAAGACUUGGUAGGACAGCACAAGCUUUUGGCUGUUAAUCUCCAAAGAAAAUAUGUACAUUAAAAGCCAAACAGGUCUGACCUGUAAGGACAGGAUGAAGCUGUUAAUCAUGGAAAAUGUGGGUUCUCAGCUACUACAACAGUGGGAGCUUUUGGUGGAAAGGUGGGGGGGGGGUGUGCGUGCGCGUGUGUGUGCGUGUUAGAGGAUCCUUUUCUCUUGCCAUGGAACCUGAUGCCUUGGCUGCCAAACCAUGCCUUAGUUGAGCAAAGGAGAACUGACAGGGACACUUACCACAUCCUGUCAUUGUUGUGAAUGUGAAGUGAAUCAGGCUUAUUAAAGUAACUCUUUCCAAUU